ACUUGCAGCCAGAUCCGGGGCUCGCUUUACGCGCUUCUCUCGCCGUCUCCUCGGGUUUAAAAGCGGGAUACUGCAGCCUGCAUGGAGGGAUAUUGGCAUGGCUUGCACCAGGAGAACCAAAACUUUGGUGUCCACUUGCGUGAUCCUGAGUGGCAUGACCAACAUCGUUUGCUUGCUGUAUGUCGGAUGGGUUACUAAUUACAUUGCUAACAUUUACAUCAAAGUGCCCAUGCCUUUGCCGGAUAGAAAGUUUGAGGGGGACAAACGAGGAGACACGCUUCGGAUUAUUGAAAGACUGGACCGGCUGGAGAACGUGGUGAACCAGCAUAUUCAAGAGACACCGGGCAGAGUGGAGGACAGCCAGGGGGACGCAUCUUUCUCGGAUUCGUCUCUCUUCGCUCACUGGGGGCAGGACCUGAGCCCGGAGAACCGCAGAGUGGCACUGAAGAUGUUCCAGUACUACGGCUACAACAGCUACCUCAGUGACCGCCUCUCACUGGACAGGCCCAUCCCAGACCUCAGGCCUGAUGGGUGCAGAAACAUCUCGUAUCCAUUCAACCUGCCACAAGUGAGCAUUGUGUUCAUCUUUGUGAAUGAGGCACUGUCAGUCAUCCUGCGCUCUAUCCACUCUGCCAUCAGCCGCACCCCCUCCCACCUGCUCAAAGAGAUCAUCCUGGUCGACGACAACAGCAAUAACGAUGAGCUGAAGGAGAAGCUACAGGAUUUCGUGACAGAGACGAACAGCCAGCGCCCAGGUUUUAUAAAGAUUGUGCGGCACUCGAAGCAGGAGGGGCUGAUCCGGUCCCGAGUGAGUGGGUGGAGGGCUGCUUCUGCCCCUGUGGUCGCCCUGUUCGAUGCCCAUGUGGAGUUCAACGUUGGAUGGGCUGAACCCAUCCUCCAGAGAAUUAAAGAAGACAGGAGGCGCAUCAUCUCGCCUUCCUUUGACAACAUCAAGUAUGACACGUUUGAGAUCGAGGAGUAUCCGCUGUCCGCUCAGGGCUUUGACUGGGAGCUGUGGUGUCGCUACCUCAACCCACCCAAGAACUGGUGGCACAAGGGAAACAAGAGCGCGCCUAUACCGAGCCCUGCUCUGAUUGGCUGCUUCGUGGUGGACAGGCUGUACUUUGAAGAGAUCGGUUUGCUGGACGAGGGCAUGGAGGUGUACGGAGGAGAGAAUGUGGAGCUGGGCAUCAGGGUGUGGCAGUGUGGGGGCAGUGUGGAGGUCCUGCCUUGCUCCCGUAUCGCGCACAUUGAGCGCGCUCACAAACCGUACACAGAGGACCUGACGUCACACGUGCGAAAUGCACUGAGAGUGGCUGAGGUUUGGAUGGACGAGUUCAAGAGCCACGUGUACAUGGCCUGGAACAUACCACAGGAGGACUCGGGGAUAGAUAUCGGGGACAUCUCAGAGAGGAAAGCCCUGAGGAAGAGGCUGCAGUGUAAAACCUUCCGAUGGUAUCUGGUCAACAUCUACCCUGAGAUGAGAAUGUACAGUGACACCAUUGCGUACGGAGUGCUGAAAAACUCUCUGAAGAUCGAUUUGUGCCUGGACCAAGGUCCUGACAAUGACAACGUGCCCAUCCUGUAUCUGUGUCAUGGGAUGACACCGCAGAAUGUGUAUUACACGAGUGCGCACCAGCUCCACGUGGGGCUGCUCAGUCCCACCGUAGAUGAUGACGACAACAAGUGCCUGGUGGACGUGAACGGAAGAGCACGUCUCAUUGAAUGCAGCUACGCCGCAUCCAAACGCAUGAAGCUGCACUGGCUCUUCACUCAGGGAGGACCCAUUCAGAACAGGAAAUCAAAGAGAUGCCUGGAGCUCGUCGCCGGCAGCGACAAUGAGUUUGGCUACCAGCUGGCUCUACAGAAAUGCACUGGACAGAAAUGGUUCAUCACAAAUGUGCUGUUUAGCAAUUCUUCAUGAUGGACUGCCAAAGGGACAAAGGAGCUGUGCCCGUCCUGGCUGCACACGACUGCACAAGUGUUUGUGUGAGAGUGAAAGAGGCCCAAAGCAAAGCACCCGGAUGUCUCCUGAAGAGCAUCAUCAUUAAGCAGUUUACUUUGCCUACUCAGCCAUA